AUGGCGCCAGAUCCGGCUGUCCUGCAGAGGCUCCAGGUCACAGCAUCCAAACCUAUCGACCAACAGCCCGCCCUCUACGAGAAUGCCCUCGCCUACAUCUGCGACAGCUCCUCAGCGGACGCGACGGCCGACAACUUUAUCGCCGUCAUCUCCACGCUUUUCGAGCAUCCCUCUGGCGUGGUCAUGUCUCGCUCCAUCCUCGCCGCGUUUGUGGCACGACUCAGGGAGCUCAAAAACCCUGAUCUCUGGAUCGACGUCGGCAACCGCACCCUGGACAUCCUGGCCGCGCAGUCCGCCGUCUUCCCCGAUGCCGUCGCCGUCCUGCGUGAGCUCAUCGCCACGGCGCACGAGAACAACGAAGACUUUGUCGACGCGGCCAAGGUCCUGGCCGACAUCCCCCUCGACCUGUCCCAGCGCCAGGUCACCAUCCAGGAGCGCGCCACGGUCUGGAUUCGCAUCGUCCGAAACUACCUCGAGGUCGACGACAGCACCGCCGCGAGCGCCUACAUCUCCAAGCUCAAGAACAUCAUGCACCGGGUCGAGGACCAGGGCCUGACGCUGCACUUCAACCUGUCCCAGGCGCGCAUCCUCGACGCGCAGCGCGAGUUCCUCUCGGCGGCCAACAAGUACCACGAGAUCAGCUUCUCGCUCGCCAUCGCGGAGGAGGAGAGGCUGCACACGCUGAGCAUGGCCGCCAAGUGCGCCAUCCUGGCGCCGGCCGGGCCACUGCGAAGUCGGACGCUGGGCCGACUCUACAAAGACGAGCGGUCGGCGCAGCUGGACGAGUUUGGGAUCCUGGAGAAGAUCUUCCUGGACAGGGUGCUCACGGCCAAAGAGGUCGAGACCUUUGCCGAGGGUCUGCAGCCACACCAGCUGGCGACCACGGCGGACGGCACGACGGUCCUAGCCAAGGCGGUCAUGGAGCACAACCUGCUCGGCGUCUCCAAGCUGUAUAGCAACAUUCGGUUCGACGCCCUCGGGUCACUCCUGGGUCUGGACGCCAGCAGAGCAGAGGAGACGACGGCGAGGAUGAUCGAGCAGGGCCGACUGGCGGGUCGGAUCGAUCAACUCGGCGGGCUCGUCUACUUUGACGGUGGCGAGGCCUCUGGUCAGAAGGGGAGUGGCCGUACAGAGACUGUCGUGGGCAAGGAGAUGAGGCGCUGGGACGCCAAUGUGGAGAAUCUGUCGGAGGAGGUUGAGAAUAUCACAAACGCGCUCCACGAGCAAUUCCCGGCUUUCGUCGAGGCGAAUCUCGCCUAG